AUUACACGCCAAGGUAUAAAAUGUUUCAGCGUUGCAGAAUUCGGCCUGUUUGAUUGCAGCCACCUCUCCAACAGGAACAUCUGGCAGAGGCCGAGACAAUCUACCCAAACGCCAUCAUGACCCACCAGUUUCCAGCGCUCUCUCCCGAGCAAAAGAAAGCCCUCGCUGAGAUUGCUCAGAAGAUCGUAGCUCCAGGCAAAGGAAUCCUGGCUGCAGAUGAAUCUGUGGGUACUAUGGGUAACAGGCUGCAGCGCAUCAAAGUGGAGAACACGGAAGAGAAUCGCCGUGCCUUCCGUGAUAUCCUCUUCUCUUCAGAUGCCUCCAUCAACCAGCAGAUUGGAGGAGUAAUUUUCUUCCAUGAGACCCUCUAUCAGAAGGACAACACCGGGAAGCCCUUCCCAGCUGUCAUCAAGGACAAGGGCAUAGUGGUUGGCAUCAAGCUGGAUAAAGGCACGGCCCCGUUGGCAGGAACAAAUGCAGAAACCACCAUUCAAGGUCUGGAUGGCCUUGGUGAACGUUGUGCCCAGUAUAAGAAAGAUGGCGCUGACUUUGGCAAGUGGCGUGCCGUGCUGAAAAUCACAGAUACAACUCCUUCUACUCUUGCCAUCCAGGAGAACGCUAACACACUGGCACGUUAUGCCAGUAUCUGCCAACAGCAUGGACUAGUCCCCAUUGUGGAACCUGAGAUCUUACCUGAUGGAGACCAUGACCUCCAGCGGUGCCAGUAUGUGACAGAGAAAGUGCUGGCUGCGGUUUACAAGGCCCUGAAUGAUCACCAUGUCUACCUGGAGGGAACACUGCUGAAGCCCAACAUGGUGACCGCUGGACAUGCUUGCACGAAGAAGUACACUGCUGAAGAGGUGGCCAUGGCCACGGUUACAGCUCUCCGUCGCACAGUCCCUGCCUCUGUGCCCGGAAUCUGCUUCCUUUCUGGGGGCCAAAGUGAAGAGGAGGCUUCCAUCAACCUCAAUGCCAUCAACCUGUGCCCACUGCCUAAACCUUGGAAGCUGACUUUCUCAUACGGACGGGCCCUACAAGCUUCGGCAUUAGCUGCGUGGUGUGGCAAACCUGAGAACAAGAAGGCCGCCCAAGAGGCCUUUUGCAAACGGGCAAAGAUUAAUGGUUUAGCUAGCAAAGGCCAAUACACCACUUCUGAGAAGACCAGCACAGCAGCCACUGAGUCGCUUUUUACUGCCAGUUACACGUACUAGUUCACAAAACCAUGUAGCUAGCUUGCCCCCACCUUGAAGCUGGCAGGAAAACAAACAGAUCAUUGAACACCACAUCCAGCUAGGAAGCUGCAAAUAAAUGGAUUGGGAUAAUAGGCACCAUUGCACACUUGUAAUCCAUUGCACAACGCACCAACACAUUCCAAAGGAAUUGGACAGUUUUUAUGGACAUUGGAGAUCCUUCACUUACUGCCUUUAAUCCUCUGAUUUGGGCAGCUGGUUUUUCCCCGUAGUUGGCUUCCAUAACCAACUGGAGAGCUAUAUAACUUCAGCCCCGAUGUUGUUAUUAAUGAAUAAAACUUCCAGCUAACCUAGAACAGGCAACACAAAAUACCUUUUUCAAUCUGUGAUGUUCUCAAUCCAUAAACUGUGAAUACAGUUCCUGCCACUGUGGAAAGAAUAAAUGUGUAUGAAACGUUA